AUGUCCGCAACACUUGUCACUGGAGCCAAUGGGUUUAUUGCUGGUCAUAUCGUGAAAGAGUUAUUACAAUUAGGUAUCAAUGUUGUUGGAUCUGUACGUUCUUUUAAUAAAGCUGCUAAUUUAAUAUCUGUUUUCCCAAAUGAGUUUAAAUCUGGUCAAUUAAAAUUUGUUGAAGUUGAUUUCAACAACAAACAAGAAAUUGAAUCGAUAUUCACCAAGUUCCCAGAGAUUAAUAAUGUGAUUCAUCCAGCUCAAAAUUUUGGUAGAAAUGCCACAACCCCUGAAGAAUACGAUAAAGAGAUUAUUCAAUAUACUAAGAAUUCAAUUGAAUCAAUUGUGGAUAUUGUGGAAAAAUCUUCAAACAAAAUUGAAAGAUUUGUUUAUUUUUCAUCUUCAAUUGCAGUUAGAGGUCCAAAUUAUGAUCAUGAAUAUGUAUUCACUGAACAAGAUUUUGCAAAUUUAUCUCAUGAAGAUGCUAUUCAAAGCUCUUUAAAUGCAUAUACAUAUGCUAAAGUUCAUGCUGAAAAAUUCAUUUUGAAUCAAAAAUCUUUGAAAGGAAUUGAGUACAAAAUAAUUGUCCCACCAACAGUAAUUGGUCCUCCUUUAUAUAUUUGGGAUAACAAUGAAUCUUUUGAUGCAAAUAAUAAACAUUUUUAUGAUGUUUUCAAAGGGAAAGAACCAAAAAGAGGCGUUGAAUGGUAUGCUGAUGUUAGAAGUAUUGCUAAAGGUGCUGUUAAAGCAGCUGAUAAAAGAUCCACUCCAAGUAUUGAAAAUAAUAGAUACGUUAUAGUUGAUGGUACUGAAAAUUAUUAUGAUUCAAUUCCAAUAUUAUUAGAAAAUUUCCAAAACUUCAACCCUGGAAAUUGGGAUGAAUUGAAUUUCAAGGGAAAAACUUUAAAUGAAGAUAGAAAAUUAGCUAAAAGAGAUUUAAGUAUUAGUGAAAAAGAACUAGGAUUAAAACAAAUUCAAUAUGAAACUACAGUUAUUGAUACAAUCAAAUUAAUCAUUAAAUUAGAUGAGCAGGUCUCAAAGUAG